AUGCUACGGAUGCAAUACCUUGCUAUUGUGAUAAUCUCUGCAAUUUCCGCAGUGGAAGGUGCCGCGCAGUGUAGUGGAGGGGCAUUGGAUGCCGCAAACAUCGAAACUCUUCUACAGGCAGCGAAUCUAGGCCGCUCAGAGUUGGUGCGAAAAGGGUUGGAGAUACAAUUGUUGCCAUUGUUGCCUGCUGCAAAUGCUAUGAAUCAAGUUUACUGGAGUUGCAACCUAGAAAAAAAAGCGCUAGCUUCUACCAAGAGAUGUGAUUCAACUGAAACGAGAACAUCUGCAUUCAAUGCUGUGUAUGUUACGAUGAUGCUAGAGCAGCUACCCAAUAUAUGCUUCUCGAAUGGCGAGCAAGUCAAAUGCUCCAAACAGUCCGGACAAGAGGAGCUGAAUAUGUUUAUCGAUCUGUUUCUCGAUGCAAACGUGACUGAAAUUGGAUUGGCCUAUUACUGCAAUGAUUUGGGCGAACGUUCCGUUUACUGGAUUACCAACACAAGAACGCCGAAAGACGGUGAUACCCUCUACGAAAAAGGUAGUGGCAAGUGCGAAAGCUGCUCUGCGGGAACCGUCUGCGACUCGACUACCCAGUUAUGUGCAAGGGACGCCACGGCAAAUCCCGACUUCCCCACAGGUGCUAACACAAAAUGCCCAAAGAAUGCAGAAAUGACCGAUGAACUUAGAAUGAAUUAUAUGGACAUGCACAACUACCGCAGAAAACUCCUUGCGAACGGGGAAGUCGCUAAAAACAAUGGAAAUCUUUUUCCAAAAGCUGCAAACAUGAUGAAAUUGGAACUGGAUUGCGACUUAGAAGCCGAUGCUAUUGCUUAUGCUGGUACUUGCCCAAAGGAUGUUUCACAUAUCAACAGGGUUGAUGUAGGGGAACACUAUCAUCGUGUUCCUGUUUCGAGUGCUCCGACGCCUCGAGAUGCCCUAAAAAGCGCUGUCACCAACUGGUGGAAGGUUGUCCGUUCCCACCCCGGUCCUGGAGUGAAGGAAGUGACUUUUCGAGAUAAAUACAUUGGUCAACCUAUAGAAACGUUUACGCAGAUGGGAUGGGCCGCAACAUCAAAACUGGGUUGCUCAGUAGUAAAGUGUUCUUCAGAUUAUGUGGUUAUCUGUCGCUACUCUCCAAAGGGAAAUAUCGAUGAGCAAAAGCUUUACAUCCCUGGAACGCCAUGUUCGAAGUGUCCAGGGAAAUGCUACAGCGAUCUGGGACUGUGCAAAUGAGAACUAAC